CUUCCCCGCCGCCUGCCACGGUGCGUCGCGCUCCCUCUGCGGCUCCAUUCCUCUUUCCUGUGCGCGUUUCAACCGAGGGGCUGCACGGCCACUUUAGACACCGCGUGCGUGGAAAGUCAGCCUCUCUUUUCUGUCUAUCACACACACUUCCUCCCCUUGGCAACCUCACGAGGAGGUGUGAACUACUUUGACCGCUGAGGCGCACCAACCACCGCGACGCUGAUAUUUGGCGAAAAGUUUUUUGUUGUUGUUGUUUUUUUUUCUUUCGGUUUGGGAAGUAAGUCGCGGAUUCUGCCACGAAGAGGAAGAUGAGGAACCUACUGUGACACCCAAAGACUCUCCAACCUUUAACAACCCUUCUAGCAGACUCUGAGAGGGGUGCUUUUACUUAAGACUGGAUGACCCGAUAGAAAGAAGUCCGAACCCACCCCACUUCUGUACUGAACCUAGCUGAAGUGGAUUUUAGCGCCACUGAAAAAAAUGAACUAAAAGUCCAAGACGAUCUGAACCAGUGAGGCAACACGACUGACCAUCUCAGCACGAGACUCUUCCUAAAGAGUCAGUGUCAGUUUGUCUGAGGAGGAAUCGGUUCCUCCUCUUCCCCAAAUCUUCUCAAUCACUCUUCUCCGUACAGACAUGGACCUCCACAGAGCAGCCUUCAAGAUGGAGAGCUCCUCCUACUUGCCCAAUCCCCUGGCCUCACCAGCCCUCAUGGUCCUGGCCUCCACGGCUGAAGCUUCUCGUGACGCUUCUAUUCCCUGCCAGCAACCACGCCCGUUUGGUGUCCCAGUUUCUGUGGAGAAAGAUGUUCAUUUGCCAUUCAACAACGGUUCAUACACCUUUGCAUCAAUGUACCACCGCCAAGGUGCUGUCCCUCCUGGGUUCCCCAACAGGGACUUUCCUCCAUCUCUCCUUCACCUCCAUCAUCAGUUCGCACCACCUAAUCUGGACUGCUCACCAAUCAGCAUGCUCAAUCACAGUGGUGUGGGGGCUUUCAGACCCUUCGCUUCUCCUGAGGAUCGAGAUGGAGCACCAGGCGGGUACCAGUCUGCUUUCACGCCUGCUAAGCGCCUCAAAGGGUGCCUGGAUGCUGAGGCUUCACCCCACCUGCGGUACUCCGAUGCUGACGGCAAAGAAUACGACUUUGGCGGUGCCCAGAUCCCACCCGGGGGCUCACCCAGCAGCGCCUUGAAGGCCGUGGAGGACAGCGGAAAGAAGAUCUUCGCCGUAUCAGGCCUCCUUUCAGACCGAGAGACCUCGUCCAGCCCCGAGGACCGCAUCGAACGCUGUAAAAAGAAGAUGGCGCUGUAUGACAGCCAGGCUCCCAUCUGUCCCAUCUGCCAAGUGCUGCUCAGGCCCGGAGAGCUGCAAGAGCACAUGGAAACAGAGAUAGAGAGACUUGCCAGCAUGUGCCUCAGCAGUAAGAACCCGUCUCCCAAGGACGGAACAGUCACGCCAGGGACUCCCAAGUCCAUGCUGUUGUCGGUGCACAUCAAGCGCGAGGGGGAGUCUCCCGUGGUCUCGCCGCUCUCGUCUGAAGACGCCCACCACUCGGACAGAUACCAGACAUUUUUACGGGUUCGAGCUAACAGGCAAACAAGGCUGAAUGCCCGUAUAGGCAAGAUGAAGAGGAGGAAGCCUGAGGAUGGGGGCCAGGUAUGUCCGCUGUGCAGUGCCCCACUGGCUGGGAGCGAGGAGGAGAUGAGUAGACAUGUGGAACAAUGCCUCAUCCAGCGUGAGGGCGUGCUCGGUGAGGACGACUCUGUGGACAUGGACGGUGACAGUGGACGUGGCUUCGAGGAGUACGAGUGGGCGGGACAGAAGAGGAUCAGAGCCACUGCUCUUCUGGAGGGAGGCUUCAGAGCAACCGGUUUUGCUACAUGUAGCAUAAAGGAGAGUGGGGCAGACAGUGACGCUGAUCUGGACGUAGACGGAGAUGACACGUUGGAGUAUGGCAAAGCUCAGUACACAGAGGCGGACAUCAUCCCCUGCUCUGGAGCCGGAGAGGACCAAGGAGAAGCUAGAGAGCGAGAGGCACUCCGGGGAGCCGUGCUUAACGGAGGCAUGCCCUCAAACAGAAUAACACCAGAGUUCUCCAAAUGGGCCAGCGACGAGAUGCCGUCAACGAGCAACGGCGAGAGCAGCAAGACGGACCCCAGCACUCCCUCAUCCUCCACCUCUUCCUCCUCCUGUGUCCCUCGCACCUGUAAAAACAGUGAGAUUGAAAAAGUAACAGAAGAGGAUUCCACAGCUACCACCAUGGAGGCUCUAAAGGCUCGAAUCCGGGAGUUGGAGAAGCAGAUCCUGAGAGGAGACAGAUACAAAUGUCUCAUCUGUAUGAAGAAGCCUGCUAUCCAGUCAGGUGUGGAAAUCAAGAAACUAGGGGCGUGGCCCGGUCCCCGCCCUUUGGCCAGCGAGGUCGGAGAGAGGCUGCCUAAGUCCCUCCCCCUCGGCCUGUACUACCUGUACAGGGGCCUUGUGAUUGGUGGCUACAGCAGCGGCUUAAAGAGGCUCCUCCCACAGCCUCUACGGAGGGACUCCUACACUAUGCCUCUCACAUCCAUUCAGUGCUGGCACGUCCACUGUGAAGAAUGCUGGCUCCGGACUCUGGGGAACAAGAAGCUGUGCCCACAGUGCAACACCAUCACCUCACCCGGGGACCUGCGACGUGUCUACUUGUAAAGAGCACACCUCCACCCACUCGUCCACCCCUCCACCACUGGAUGUCACGUCCACCACCAUUUCCAGUCGUCAUGUUGCCUCCCCUCCACACUCUGUGGGCCCCACACCUUCCUCGAGAGACAAAGCUUUAGGGGGGAGUGUCUUAAGGUUGAACUGGCAUGAGCAGUGCUCACUGUCUGUGGCCACCCUACCCCUCACUGACCCCCACACGGAACUCUGGGUGUCACAUAAGAUGGACAUCUCGACACACGUAGCCCUGCUGAGACCUUUUGGAACUUGUGAACCACCCGACCUUCCCACCCUGUGCUCUGGUUCCGCUUCAGUGUCAUAACUGGGCAGGAAGGGUUUUUCUUUUGUUGUUGUUGUCGUCCGCCCUUAUUUUAUGCACAGAAAUAAUUCUAGAAGACGCCUGGCCACUACAACUGAGCUUUCAUACAAACUAAGAAGACAGUGUUACAGGAAAAAAAACAUGCAGUCCAAGCACAUGUAAGUAAGGUCAAUGUAUGUUUACACACUUAUAGUACACUCAUGCAUACAGUUUUGCAGCACACACACACACACACACACACAGGUGUGUACAAUGUAAGUUCUCUUUUUAGUCUUAACAGUUUGCAGAGAAAAUGGCUAGAAUAAAUAAAGCCUUCCUUAUUUUCAAAAACCAGUAUCAUUUGAUGAAGUUUCACUGUACAGAAAAAAAGCAAGUAAAACUCAAGACUAGAUGGUCAAGAUUUAGGUGUAAUUUUUCUGCAGAAUACUUUGAUGAAUUGUAGAUCUAAAAAAUAAGCAAGUGAUGAUCUUUUGUUUAGUUUCAUGGGUGGGAGAGCUGCUUGAUAUCCAAGACGUCCUCAAGCGGAGCGAUGGAAGUGCUCUUCAACAACUGCUUUCACUUGGAAACGGCUUCGGGUCAUAGUCAAGGCUACCGAGUUUCAACCACAAAAAGUCUUUUCCCCCGUUAUUCUCAUGCCGCUUUGCUGCAAAGGUCAAAAGAAAGGCACUUCUCGCUCGAUGAAAAAGGAAUAUCCGAGGCUGGACUGGCAACCGUGAGGUGCGACUCCACCCUCUUCCUUCUUUCUCUGGCAGCAGCAGCCAAGGUGGUGGUGUGCUUUGUGUUUGUAAAAACUAUGUAUUCUGUGAUGUCUGUAUUGUUGUCAGAAAUGCUGAAAAAAGAAAAUAAAACAUUCUCAAACACCGCAAGUGGUCCCGUUCACAAACCCGAGUCAUGAAAUAAGAAAUAUAUUAAAAGGUGUUUAUUCUUGUUAAAAAAAAAAAGGGGGGGGGGGGGGGUGCUCAAGAGGUUGGCCUUAUGCUAAAGAGACCUUUCUGUCUGUGCAUUUGAAUAGGCUUUGUGUCAUUGUUUGGACAAAACUGCUCAUUUCCACUGGUUUGUUUUUUUAAACGCCUUUUAAAUCUCCUGUAGCAAGACAUUCUUGGUCCACUCAACAGUCAGCAACACGGUAAACAGGAAGUGAUGCUCCAUUUUGGCUUUCCACGCUGAUUCGAACUUGCCCCAAAGAUGACAAAUUGCACAAGAUGAAUUAUGUCACAAUUAUUUUGUGUCUUGUAUAUUCUUGGAAAUGGUACGUGUCUUUCCCGUUUGUAAACUACAUUUGACAUUAAUUAAAAUGAUUGUAAAUCUCA